GGGAGAGUAUUUUUUCCCUGAUCCGUGAUUUUUACAAGGGAAGGAUGGUGAAGCGUAGCUGCUCUGAGUUCAUGAUAAAUCUGUGGUAUGGCCUCACGAGAGACAGUGAAACAAUUAGAAAGUGGAUCACGGAGCCAACUGGGAGAAGAGGAUUCAGGACACCUGUUGACCUCUGUGCCUAUAUGGUUCCAUGCAGGCUACAUGCUACGUUCAUGUCACAUUUAGCUAAGGCCAUUGACAUAUAAGUUAUAUAACCAUUUUGAUUUGCCUUAGUGCAGGUUAUUCACUUUAACCACUUUGGAGAAAAGUAAUGAUAAAUUAAUGUUACAUUCAAGUUAUUUCUCAAAACAGAUAGGUGUGGAAAAAAGGAAUGGGAAUUUCAUGGGAUAAUGCACAAUUGACGUUUAAUUUAAUGUUUUUUUUUAAUUAGGAAAAAGACUAAAAAAGGGGUUUGGUGCUCAGCUCUUUAUCUUAGAUUGCUUCCUUUCCUUUGCAUUUUCUUUGUCUUUCUCUUUCUCUCUCUCUCUCUCUCUCGUUCGCUCUACCUCAGUCUAUCCCUGGGGUGCUUCUCUUCUGCCAAUAGGAUUCACUUGACGUUAAAAAACUUCCAUCAGACCCUGAUUGUCUUUGUCAGGUUCUUACAUCUGUCACAGUUUAAGGAAAGACAGAGAGCAGUGAAGUUGAUUUCUAACGUAUAUAGCAUGUAAACUUUGAGCAACACAGGCUGCAGGAAAGGUGUCAAUGUCUCAAAGACAUGAUGAAAGAAGAGCGUAAGACAGAUUAGACAGAUGUGUCAAAAGUCCAGUCAUCCAAGAGGAAGGCAGGGACAGAACUGAAGGGACAGUGGAAGAAACGAUAGAAGAAGAAGAAGGAAAGAUGAGCGUGAGGUGGGAGACGGAGGGACUUCAGACGGUGGGCAUCGUCUGCCUGGUGAUAAUGUUCCUCAAACUGAUGCACCUGCUGGGCCUCAUCGACAUCACUGAGACUGAUGACAGCAGCGACAGUGAUUUGGAGCUGUCCACAGUGCGUCACCAGCCGGAGGGGCUGGAUCAGCUGCAGGCUCAGACCAAAUUCACCAGAAAAGAGCUUCAGUCUCUUUAUCGGGGCUUCAAGAAUGAGUGUCCCAGUGGGCUGGUGGACGAGGAGACAUUCAAGACCAUCUACUCUCAGUUCUUUCCCCAAGGAGACGCCACCACCUACGCCCACUUCCUCUUCAACGCAUUUGACAUCGACAGGAAUGGAUCAAUCCGCUUUGAGGACUUUGUGAUCGGCCUGUCGGUGCUGCUCAGAGGCUCAGUCACAGAAAAGCUUAACUGGGCUUUCAACCUUUAUGAUAUUAACAAAGACGGCUACAUCACCAAAGAGGAGAUGCUGGCCAUCAUGAAGUCAAUCUAUGACAUGAUGGGAAGAUACACUUACCCGUGUGUGCGAGAAGAUGCCCCUGUUGAACACGUGGACAAGUUCUUCCAGAAAAUGGAUAAAAAUCGAGAUGGUGUUGUGACAAUUGAAGAGUUCAUUGAGACCUGUCAAAAGGACGAGAACAUCAUGAACUCCAUGCAGCUGUUUGAGAACGUUAUAUAGGAAGGAUCUGAAAACACAUGAGAUCUGUUUCAUUUUCAUCACCAUUUCACUUCUCUUAUACCUCCCAAACAAUUUAAACCCACGACAUCCGGGCCUUUUAUGUUUAACUAGAAUUGUUGCCUACGUUUGUGGCAUAAUCUUUAGCAGUAUGUUGUGCUUUCCUCUUGGAUUAAAAGAACGGUCGCAGACAACAGUAGAGCUUCCUAGGUGAAGAAGGCCAUGCCUCUCUAUUUUGUGUCUGUGUGUACCUGGUAUUAUCAAGCAGCAGUGAAGUCACUUCCCAUAGUCCACUGACCUGAGCAAACAAGGACACCUAGCUUUACACUAUGAACCACUGUGUUUCUGCCUCUGACUCGUGGCAGAGUGGAGAAAGAGAAUGAAUUCUAGCAUGUUUGUUUUCAAAGAUGUGAUGUGGAAUUAGCUUGCACUUAAGUUUUGAGACCAUUUAUUAAAUGUGCCUAAAAUACAGGCACUGUAAAUAUAUGCACCGGAUACACAAACAGUGUGAAUGUAUAUAUGUAUAGUGACAGUUGCAUUGGUAUUCUCUGUGCUGAACUGGCUAAUAGAUUAGAGAGAGGUAAAUAUUUAUUUAAGACAUUUCUGUUUAUUUGUUUCCAACUGUUCUUCACAAGUGUUUCCUUCAUUUUGUACUUUGUAAGAUGUAAUGAAGUUGCAAUGGUAAGUGUAUACAGCGCUGCAAAGAUGCAAAUGGACUGUAAAUGGUAUGUCGUUGUACGCUAAAUUAAAGUUUUGUCUUGGUUCCACAGUAUCUAUGAGCAUGCUGACUCUGUGUAGUGCCAGAGUGACAUGUACUGUAGAGUGGAUAAUCUAUGAUGUCAGUUAAAUAAAGAUUAUUUCAAGAGCCUUGA